ACCGCGGCAGCGGCCCUUUAAACCCCCCAGCCAGCCGGCGCCCCAUCCUGUCUGUCCAAGUUCAGACACGGAGAGCUCAUUCCCGCCUGCGAGUCUCGAGGAACUCCUCUCUCCCUCAACAUGGCCAACAAGGGUCCUUCCUAUGGCAUGAGCCGCGAAGUGCAAUCCAAAAUUGAGAAGAAAUAUGACGAGGAGCUGGAGGAGCGGCUGGUGGAGUGGAUCAUAGUGCAGUGUGGCGCAGACGUGGGGCGCCCGGACCGUGGGCGCCUGGGCUUCCAGGUCUGGCUGAAGAACGGCGUGAUUCUGAGCAAGCUGGUGAACAGCCUGUAUCCUGACGGCUCCAAGCCAGUGAAGGUGCCCGAGAACCCUCCAUCCAUGGUCUUCAAGCAAAUGGAGCAGGUGGCUCAGUUCCUGAAGGCGGCUGAGGACUAUGGGGUCACCAAGACUGACAUGUUUCAGACUGUUGACCUCUUCGAAGGCAAAGACCUGGCAGCGGUGCAGAGAACCCUGAUGGCUCUGGGCAGCUUGGCAGUGACCAAGAACGACGGGUACUACCGUGGAGAUCCCAACUGGUUUAUGAAGAAAGCCCAGGAGCAUAAGAGGGAGUUCACAGAGAGCCAACUGCAGGAGGGAAAACAUGUCAUUGGCCUACAGAUGGGCAGCAACAGGGGGGCCUCCCAGGCCGGCAUGACAGGCUACGGACGGCCUCGGCAGAUCAUCAGUUAGAGGGAGAGGGCCAGCCCCCAGCCCUGUCCUUCCCCGGCUCGUCGGCUGCAGCCAUCCUGCCUAGCCCGCCUCACCCGCACCCGUGUAGUUCCUCAGCCCCGGCCAAGCUUCGAGGCUCCGUCACUGAGCAAAGGUGACCGCACUUGGGCAGCUCUCCCCCACCCC